AUGCAUUUCGUCCUGCUUACACUGGCAUUGCUUGUCACCUCUCCUAUGGUGACAGCGUCGAAAUUUUCCAGCUGCCCACCAUUCUCUUCCUCCUUGAUUGAAUAUGCUUCCGGGUUCCAGGAGCCAUCUCCCCCAGUGGUGAAGGACGAAUUCACGGCAAAUUUCAUCCAGCAUAAGUGGAACCAAAAUCUGUCUCACAUUACGGCGGGCCAUAUCAGCAACUCGCCAUCUCUUGGUAUAGUCUCUGUUGGUGAAGCCUCUGAUGAUGGCUUGGCCUCGUCAGUUUUCGACUACGCCAACACCACUCAGGAUGGUCUAGUAGACAACACACUGUCAACCUAUCCAGGCAGCGCCAGUACUCCGGUGAUUUGGAGGGGAUAUGUCAACUCAGCCUUUCCUUUGUUUGCACGGGACUUUCUCGUUACCAAUAAGGCGAUCUUUGGCGGACUGGUCAAAAGGCGAUUCUAUGAAGGCCAUGUGGCAUCUUGGAACGUUAUGUAUCAAGGUGCGAUUCCAGUCACAGUUUACGUCAAUAACUGCAACUACGUGGUCGGCUACGAUUUCUUCGUUACUGAGGAGCGAACAAGAGCGCUUACUGAAUACUUCAACAUUCAAGCCAAUGCCUCAUCUACGGCAUAG